CCACUGGGGAAAGGCAUCUCUGCUCCCACCAAGUUGGCAGGGCUGCUUCCUGAGACUUCAGGGCGCCCAAACCACCAGUGCCAGCAUCUCCUGAAGGCCCACUCCCUCCUGCAAAGGCCACAGUGGAAGGAACAUGGGAGAGACCGAGGGAAAGAAAGAUGAGGCUGAUUACAAGCGCCUGCAGACCUUCCCUCUGGUCAGGCACUCGGACAUGCCAGAGGAGAUGCGAGUGGAAACCAUGGAGCUAUGUGUCACAGCCUGUGAAAAAUUCUCCAACAACAACGAGAGUGCUGCCAAGAUGAUCAAAGAGACCAUGGACAAGAAGUUUGGCUCCUCCUGGCAUGUGGUGAUCGGCGAAGGUUUCGGGUUCGAGAUCACCCAUGAGGUGAAGAACCUCCUCUACCUGUACUUUGGGGGCACUCUGGCCGUGUGUGUGUGGAAGUGUUCCUGACACCGUCCCCCACAGGGCCUUCGCCUGCCUCUCUUCUGAGAUGGAGCACAGCCCCAGCAAGUCUUGGCUCUUUCCAGGAGCGCAUGGGCUCUUUUCUUUUGUCCUGUGUAGUACCAGUUUCCUGAGCCACGCCGUGUGUGUGUUUGUCCACAUCUCUCCUCCUCAGCCCAGUCGGGCUGUGGACAG